ACCAACAAAAUUACUAAUAUGAGAUAUUAAACUUUCCAACAGAUUUUUCUUGUUAAAAUAAAAAUUCACGUAGCGGUCAUGUGCGAUUUCAGUCGAUGAAUAUGGAUUUGCAAGAGGUAGAGAGCAGCGUGAAUCUCACCGAAGAAUUUUUCGGUUAUUACUACGACGAAGCCGGAAAUUCCCAUAAAAUCAAAAGAUUCACUUGGAAAAACGAAAAUAAAAUUCAAGUGAAGGUCAUAAAUUAUGGAGCACGAGUUACUUCGAUCUGUUUUCCGGACAGGAACGGUGUAGUCGAUGAUAUCGUAUUAGGAUUCGACGAUUUAGCGGGUUAUAUAUUCUACAGCAAAUACUACUUCGGAGCUACCAUCGGUAGGAUGACGAAUUUGGUGCAAAAUUCGAAAAUAUUCAUCAAUCGGAAACAAUCAACCGUUAAAUCGAACAUGCCGGGCAACCACCAGAAGAACGGCGGUCAAUUCGGCUUCGACCAAAAGGUCUGGGAUUCCCACAUCGAAGGCAAGAAGGUAGUGAUGACGUACGUCAGCCCUAACGGAGAGGAAGGUUAUCCGGGAAACCUGAUGACCCAAAUAACCUUCGAAUUAUCCGAAAGAAACGAAUUCAAAAUCAACAUCGAGGCCAUGUGCAGUCGGCCUACCGUCGUCAACUUGUCCAAUUUGACCUACUUCAACCUGGCCGGUCACCACGCCGGACCCGACCAAAUCUACAAGCACAUUUUAACCCUAAACUGCAACUGCUUUACAGUCCAAGACGAAAACGGCUUCAGCACCGGCGAAAUUCAAAACGUCGUGCACACCACCAACGAUUUUCAAAUACCCAAAACCUUAGGAACAGUCAUCGGAAUAACAGCUAAAGACGGUUUCAACCAGAACUUUUGCGUGAACAAAGGCGUCAACCAAGACGAAUGCUUCGUAGCCAGAGUACUCCAUCCGCCAAGCGGUAGACUUAUAGAAUUGUACAGCAACCAAUACGGCGUGCAAUUGGACACGGGCAAUCUGUUCGGCUACGGGCUGGUACAAUCCGUGGAGGAGCUCCUGAUGAACGCCGACGCGGAGAAAAAUCGCGGCGCGACGAGCGACAGGAGCAGUUACAGCAAAAGGAACCACACGGAGCGCAGCAGCAUGUCCGAGAAGAGCGAGUCCAGCGGAAAGACCGAUCGCAGCGAAUUGCAGAGCAACAGAAGGAACGUUAGCAUGAAAAGCGGCAAAAGCGGAGCGAGUAGCGGUACGGAACCUUCGGAACCGUCGCAGCAUCUCAGCGGGCAAGAGGACGAAAAAAGCAUCGGCACCAAAAAGAGUAUAGUUACUGAAAAAAGUCUGGGCGGAACUGAGAAGAGCCUGGCGGAAACUGAAAAAAGCUUGGAAGCUGAAAAAAGCGAGGAAACGCAUUUCGACUCCGUUUUGAAACUCGUCGAUGGUAUGUACGGUAAACUCGAGGAGAGCCUCAAGAAAGAUAAGGAAACGGAAUUCACUGAAAUCAGGGAAAUCAUUAACAUGCUUCGAAACUCCACCAAUAAAAUCGAAUUGGUCACCGACGAUUUACCUGUAGACAUCCUAUGCGACGAUUUCGAGGCGCUCAGCAAGAUUUGCUUCAGCUCCAAGCUAUUCGACUAUCUAAAACUAAUGAAAAAUUCCUUAGACGAACAAGAAGACGAGGAAGAUACCACUGCCUGGUUAAAGAAGAUCGUCGACAGCAUCAUCCAGUAUUGCGAGAAUUUGAAGAAAGAACCCAACGAAUUUCUAAACGAUAACGCACCAUUCGAGAAACACCCGGUACCACCGACACCGCCGCCUUCCAUCAACGUGGCGGCUUCUUCGAGGAAAAAAGCGAACGCCAACAACAAAGUCCCGUCGUACUACCAAAAUUCCGACAGGAUCAUUGGAAAGGGCCAUCGCCUUUACACCAUGCACGGCGGCAUCGCCUUGCAAUCCCAAAACUACCCGAACUGCGCCAACAUACCCCAUUUUCCCAACUGCACGCUGAAACCGGGCGAGAAAUACCGGCACACCAUCACCUACAAAUUCUGGAUCCGAACCGGCAACCCCAGCAGGUGGAUCAAACGAAACCAGCACGAGAUGGCGCUCAUGCAGAAAGCCAACGCGCGUUGACCGAGCCGUUUGUAUUGUUGCGUUUUUAAUAAAAAUCGC